UGGUUGGUAGAUAUGUGCUCCUACUUGCAAGUUGAUCAAUUCACUUGGGUGGGGGACAUGUGGAUCCUACUAGUUGUCGACUCUUUUGAUCGUGAGUAUGAGGCUAGUUCAGGAAAGGAGUGCAGGACUGGCACCUAGGAGAUAGUUAAUUAUUCAGGACUUGUUCUUAUGAUUACUAAACUCGACCAAGCACACCGGCUCUCAGAAAUGAUAAACAACCCUUUCGGGUCGGUAUGGUCUAUUCGAGUCGAACCAGGCGGACAUUCGGUUCGAGCAAACUUUAUGGUUAAUAGUGGAUAAAUAUUUCUUACGCCUUUAUUGGCAGAGAUUCUUUUUACGAAAUCCUAAAAUACCUUCACUGGUAUAGCUACUCAGGAUAAUAAUAAUAGAAAAUUAAGGGUUUGCCUGGUCCAUAAUGUAAUGAAUAUGUAUAUUGACUAGGACAGGGAUAAUCGAGUUAUGUUAUAAGAUAGAGAAGAAACAGCACAGUUGAAGGAAAAGUAUUCGCGAGUAAGGACAAAUACUGCUAGUAUGUUUACCGUUUCAAUUAAUAGUCGAUUGAUCUGCUUCGGACCUAGGAGACAAAAAGGAGAUUAGGAAGAGACAGAAGCGGAUUCAAUGCAAAAUUUGCCAAUAUGACGUUGACCCCAAGGCGAUGGUAGGAUUAUUUUCCAUAGGGUGACAGACUAGAUGACACGACGUUACACGCUCUGAACUUGCGCCAAAUAGUUUGUAUGUAUGUAUGAAAUUCGCGGACAUCACGGCUGACUGCGAUCUCUAAUUUACUUAACAGUCGAUUGAUCCGCUUCUGACCUAGGGGACCCAUGAGGAGAUCAGGAAGAAAAUAGAAGCGGAAUCAAUGCGAUGUUUUAAUUGCAUCACUGACGACUUAGCACGCGUUGUUAGGAGCAGGAUACAUUGGACUAGACAAAACAGAGAACUUGACGUUACGUUAAGCUGCAGUCCCAUCUUCCCGAUAAAAAAAGAAAAAAAACUGAUCACAAUUAUUUUGCUUUUCUUGUCUCGUUUCAGCAAACCAAAAAUCUCUUUACUAUCUCUUCAUUUUCUGUCUCCAACUAUCCUCUAUGUAAUGUAUCUGAAACUUGUGGGACUGGUUAAUAGCCGGCGCCUGCUUAUGGAAGAAACUGGUGUGCUAUACGGACUAGCACAUACGAACAGUUAGGCUUUGUAGGUCCUCAUCUUGACAGAGUCUAGAUGGGCGGAUGAACGUCUGCCAGGGUGUGGGCUGAGAAAUGACAAUGACAAUGACAAUUACCCUGCCUGAAAAGAAAAAAAAUAUUUUUUGAUGAACACUGUCAGUUCAUCUUAGUUCUUGACGCACUGAAACAGUAUAUGAAUACAAAUAUCGGACGUGAUUGUUAGGAUAACAAUAGGAAGUUAAAAUUUACCCCCUACAAUAGUCACACCUGGGGCUUUAUUCACCCUCGGUUGAAAACCACAAAGCUAAGGCAUAGGCUGCAGUCCUAUUAGCCCGCUAAAAAAAACUACGUAGCUUCCUACGACUUCCUUUCUCGCCUACAAAUAAUUAUUUUUCUCGCUUGUCGUUUCAGAAACUGGACCAAGUUAUGAAACCAGAGACGGGUACCUACCGCCCGCCUCUACCCCGUCGGAUAUGUUGAUGGUGGUGGAGGAUUGCAUGCGCAGUAAGCGCUUUCGUGACUUGUUGCAAGACCCCUUUGAACUGGCUCACAUGCGUGUAUCGGGACCUAUCUACCAGGAAGAUACCGACAGCUUCCUGGAUAUCUGGCAUCCUGUACAAAUGUUCUGCACUAAAUGCUGCACUCCGUUCGAUGAUCCGCUUGCGAUGGAUGCACACGAAAAGUGCAGAUUCAAAUGUCUUUACUGCAAGCGAACCUACGCGUUCCGUGAAAGUUACUUGGUGCAUACUUGCCCGAAAAGAGAUCGUUACAGGAAUGCACAGAAAAGAAAAUAUGUGGACGUUAUUUUGGGACCUCCUGCGAAACGUGCUAAAGUAGUCGAAGAUCCACAACUGGCUGCUGUAGUUGAACGUGAAAAACCUAAAGAAAAGCCAGCGCUACAAGCGAUAGCUGUGCCAAGCCCAGAGAAGAAUAGUGUGCAAGUUAUAGCCCUGCCGGACUUGCUACCAGCGCCCGCUGUGGUGCCUCACAUUGAAGGGGAAGCUAAUCUGGAUGCAGAGUUGUCCAAUCUACUGGAACGUUGGUAUGGUCAAAACGAGGACAUUGAUGAACUGAGUCAUACGAAUCUGGGUGCAAUCCAGAUCACUAAUGACAAUGGUGUUAUUACUAACUCAGAAUUCUAUGGUCGUGUCAUUGACACGGCUUUUACGACCACUUCUGAAGUUCAAAGACCAGCUAUUUCAGUUAAACCAAUGAGCCAAUUGAUUGAUGCUACUGCUGAGCCAAUCUCGUCCAUCAUGCAAUUGCCUUCCACGUCUGACCCGCCCGUUGAGAUAAUAGAAAUCGAUGACGACGACGAGGUAGAAGCUGGCCAGGCAGGUGCCCUUACUGCCAGUUGCCCACAAUUGAACAAACCAGAUCAGCCCGCACUUAGCGAGUCCGAUAUUUUAAACAUAGUAAAACAUUUCCGGGGCAUCGACGAAAACGAAUCAUAUCUUAUUAAGGCAAAAAUAAACGGAGCCCAGAAGUUGAUCUGCAUAAGUAAAAGAAAAGGUGAAGGCAACGGGCAACCUACUAACACAGCUACAAUUGUAAACAAUAACUCAGCGCUUCAAUCUGUUAGCCGGAGGCCAGAACAGAGACCGGUGGUGAUAGCACCAACCAUAAGACCUCAACCUACGAUGGUUAGUCCUUCCGCACCAGCAGCACCUUCAGCGCCUGCGAAAUCAACGCUUGUAGUGAAAAACGUGGCGGACAUUAAUGGAAUGCAGAAUCCAGUGCAGACUCCAAAUACCACUGUCCCACAGUUAAAAAUAGCGCAUGUACAAUCUUUGGUACAGCAGCCACAAGCGACUCAAAGCAACCAGCAACUUCAUAGAAUGUCCAACGGUAAACAAGUAGCCGUGAAGCAAUCUGUCAAUCGUCAAACAGCAUCUGGUGGCAAUCCAAAGAUAGUGACAAUUCCCAAAAGAGUGCCGGCGUCGAUAAGAUCUGCUGCCAGCAAUCAACAAUCCACUAGCAGCGGAGGUGAUCCUCGAAGGAUCAUUGUGGGCAGUAAUUCCCUUAAAUUACUUAACACAGCCAAACCACUAAAGCCUAACACUCCUAAAUCGCUGAUGACUGGGGCCAUUGCUUCCAGUUCCAGCACGACGACUUCGACACAGCAACGUAUCAUUGUGCAGAGAAAACAGGUUCAAACCAUAAUUCAAUCGUCGGUCAGUCGCACAUCUAGUGGCGCUGUCAGUAGCGUUCAAAGCGUCGCUGACAGUGAUGCUGCUGCCACUAAUUCACUCCUACGCUCACAACUGCUUCAGCGCCCGGCUAGAAUUUAUCCAGGAUCGGCAGGUGCAGCGUCGCAUGGUGACGGUAUGACCGUCGCUCAGCCGAAGAUAGUGGCGACCGGGGGAAAGGUGAUGGCCGUCAGCCCCUCUGGCAGGCACUUUCAGCUGAACAGCACGACCAUUACACGGCUGAAUUAAUCCUCCUGUUAUAAGGCGUAUCGAACGAG